AUGGCAUCCUCCGGAGCAGGUUCAGGUGGCACCUUUCAACCAAUAAAGGAGAAACAGACACAAAAUCAGCCUGGGUUAGAGAAGCAUAUGGCACCAACUAGCGAAUCAACCAAGCUUGAGUCAAGCGAAGGUUUCGUCGAAUAUGUCGGGAGUAACAAGCUAAAGGACAAAAAGGCCAUUAUCACUGGAGGAGACUCGGGAAUCGGUCGGUCUGUCGCCAUCCUAAUGGCCCGCGAAGGUGCGGAUAUUACUAUCGUCUACCUUCCCGAAGAGCAAGAAGACGCAGAAGCAACAGCCCACGCAGUCAAGAGAGAAGGAAAAGAGUGUUUACUUAUCCCUGGAAAUCUUAUGGACAACAAGACCUGCGAGAACGCGGUGGCUUCUCACAUUAAGAAAUACGGUGGCCUUGAUGUCCUUGUCAAUAAUGCAUCGAAGCAGAUACUAUGCCAGGAGUUUUCAGAGAUUGACCUUGACAUUGUGCAGAGUACUUUCCAGAGCAACAUUCUGCAAAUGAUUGCCAUGUCCAAGUUUUCAAUCCCGCAUAUGAAAAAGGGUAGCUCAAUAAUUAACACCACUUCGGUCACUGCAUUCCGUGGCUCGGGGUCCUUCGUUGAUUAUUCUUCAACAAAAGGAGCAAUUGUCAGCUUCACCAGGGCGUUGGCUCAGAACGUUAUGCCAAAGGGUAUCAGAGUGAAUGCAGUUGCACCUGGUCCGGUACAUACACCUAUUCAGCCUGCGUCACGGCCAGCUGAACAGAUGGAAGGGUUUGGAUCCGGUUCUAAAAUCGGUCGACCCGGCCAGCCGAGCGAGAUUGCAUCAAGCUUUAUCUUUUUAGCAAGCAAAGAAGCUUCGCUAUAUUAUGGCCAAAUUUUGCAUCCAUACCCCCUUGGAGAUUAA